AUGGACGAGCAACCCCGUCAUGAAGAAACCGAGCAUAACGAAGAAGAAGAGCCCGUAUUUAAUGAGGAUAGUAUGGAUAUAUCCGAUCAAAUCGGGAGAGCCUUGGAAAAGUACACUCCUGUUUUACUCAAACGGUUGAAUGCUACAUUGGAAGGAGCAGUGAAUGAUCACAUUGCUCAGAUGAUCAAGGAAGAAGUUGCAAUUAAUGUGCAACAAGAGUUCGAAAAGAGGGAUGCUAAGGAUAAGGGCAAGAAAACCGAAGAUGAAAAGGAGGUGGAGGUUACCGGAGAAAGAAUCUAUAAGAAGAAGUUCACCUUUCGAGACUUUGAAGUGUGCCACCCUCCGGAGUAUCACAGUGAUCGUGAUCCCAUUGUUUGUACGAGGUGGAUAUCGGAGAUAGAAGGGGCUUUCCGUACUAGUCAAUGCCCCUCACAUCUUAAAGUUAUAUUUGUGGUGGGCAUGCUUAGAAACAGUGGGAAGAGAUGGUGGGAUGGUUUGUUGGCUAUCAAGAAAGGGGCGCUAGAUAAUGUGGAAUGGCCCGAAUUUAAAGAAAUGUUCUUCAAGGAGUUCCGGUCGGAGGCCGAGGUAACUAAGUUGAGGAGUGAAUUCCUCAAUGAUUAUCAAGGCAACAUGAGCUUGAAUGAAUUUCGAGCCCAAUUCUUGGACAAAGCUCAAUUUUGUUCGGAGUUUCUUGAAAAUGACCAAUUGCUCAAGGAGCAAUUUUAUUUGAAGUUGAGGAAGAAUCUUCAGGAAAAGAUUAGCUUGCGUCAAAUGGAGUCUUUCUCAAUGUUGGCGGAUGUAGCCCGGGAUCAUGAAAUUGAGAUGUCAAGGGUUGAUGAAGGUAUGUUGAAGAAAAGGUAUGAGGAUGUAAAUUCUCCAAGUAAACGGCCAAGACAAGAGGGUAGUUCCGGUAACCACCCUAAUAAAAGAAAUGUCCCAUUUUGUCGUCAAUGCAAGAAGAACCAUCCGGGGGUUUGUAGAGCGGUGGACAAGGGUUGUUACACUUGUGGGAAGCCGGGCCACACUAGCCGGGAAUGUAGGUCUAAACCUUAA